AUGGUGGAGACAGACUAUUACGACGAAUCGUGCAAUCUCUCGUUUUUCGAACAAGCGUUUUCAGAACAACGAUGCAUCGGUAAAGGCUCGUUUGGUGAGGUUUUCAAAGCGUUAAGCAAAGACGACCAUCGAUGGUAUGCAGUUAAGAUAAGCAUGGAGCCAUUUCGAAGCACUGGAGAUCGUGAAAAGAAAUUGAGAGAAGUGCAAAAACACGAACUUCUGCCAAAACAUCCCAAUCUUGUCUCUUUUGUGCGUGCGUGGGAAGAACUUGGCUUCUUGUACAUACAGACGGAGCUUUGUCAAUGCAGUUUAUUUGACUAUAAGCUGAAAGUGGGCGAAAUUAUCGAGAGCGAGCUGUGGAGUUUCUUCGCGGACAUGGCGCUGGCAGUGCGUUAUUUGCAUUCCCAUGGGCUUCUUCACUUGGAUAUCAAACCACAAAACGUUAUGGUUUCCUUCAACGGCAUCUGCAAACUUGGCGAUUUUUCGCUAGUUCUUGAUAUUGAAAAGGACUCUAAAAAUGAAGAGGAAGGUGAUGGGAAGUAUUUGGCACCGGAAGUUCUGCAGUAUGGAGCCGACAAGCCUUGUGAUAUUUUUUCAUUGGGCAUGACGAUGAUAGAUAUUUGCACUGAUCUCGAAUUGCCUUCUAAUGGUGAACUGUGGCAUGGGUUCCGACGCAAUAACAUUGAUCAUCAGUUUACCAAAGAUAUGCCACAAAUGCUUCUAAAUGCUGUGCUGCCGCUUCUCGAAAUGGAUCCGAAAAAAAGACCCACUGCUGAUGAAAUAUGUUGUUUCCCGAUGCUUGCGAAUAUUAUUCAACAGCGCAAGGUUUCAAUGAGCAAAUUUUUUAUGAUGCUAGGUUAA